UUUAGUUCUGCCCCCACAACUCCGAGACUAGGUAUUCCGGUGCUCCACCAAGCAACGCAACGCUACGUGAGUCACUUCGACUCACAAAGAGAAAGAGAAACUCGAAAACCCUGAGCAAGAAUCAACCACAAUUACUAUUCUGCCGGACAACAAUUCGACGAGAACGUGAAAAAGCCUGCCAACCAUGGCCGGCCCCAUACCGAACGCAAGCGCGACCCACGCGCAACAGCCUUCCACCACCCCGCGCAUCUCCAAGCCCACGCUCCCCGUCGAAGAAAAGAACCGUGUCAAAGACGGGGAAAUACGCAUCGAGAUGUGCGCGAUAGACGACAUGCCCGCCAUCGCUGAGAUGUUGUACACCUGCUUCCCCGACUCCUUCUGGGACAAGAUGGAGCCCCCGGCGCUUCGGGACGGUGAUAUAUCCACGCGCGCGAGACGCCUGGCUACGCGCCUGAGUCCCUCGUUUCAUCUGCCGGAGAUGAAGUGGAUUAAAGCCGUGUAUGCUCCUACGGGAACGAUGGUGGGGGUUGCGGGGUGGAUGAUACCUGGUAUGCCCAUCCACAAUGUCUGGCGCCGUACCGCUACGGACUUUUUUGGCUUUGAGGAAAAGAUGAAGUGGACCGACGCUGAUAUCGCCGAAAUGUGGCGCGGCGUCGACCUCGCGGAAUGGGAGGGCCACAUCGGCGGAAACGACGCAAUUCGCGCAGAUGUGAUGGGGGACGAGCCGCACUGGUUUUUGGCACCGUUGAUGACGCUACCGGAAUAUCAGGGGAGGGGGAUCGCGAGUAGAUUGAUGAACUGGGCGAUCGAGCAGGCGGAUGCGGCGGGUGGACAGGCGAUGUAUCUCGAGAGUGCGCCGACGGCGAGGAAGGUUUAUUUGAGGUUUGGAUUCGAGCCGCUGGGCGAGGCGAACAUGGUUAGGAGGGGGCCUAGGAAGGGGGGUUUAGGGAAGCGGGAGGCCGCGAGGUGAGAAUGUCAGAAGAGUGAUACCAGAGGAAGGAGAAUCUGCACCACUACAAUUCUCCUAUGGGUCAAAGAAUUGAUGGAACGCAGUCAGGCGGCAAGCCAAACCAUGGACUAAUAGUAGACGACUUCGCCAAUAUUGUAGAGAGACUGAG